AGAUGAUCUGAGUUGAGAAUGAGAAAUCUAGGUUUGAAGUAGAUGAUGAUGAUGAAUACUUGUGGUAACAAUUUAUCGCAGGAAUGUAUAGGUGUACGUGAAAGAUGUGAGGAAUUAGCCAAAUCGUCGUCGUUUUACCGGAUUGUUUACUCGGAGAUUGAAGAAAUUGGAUGGGAACUGCUAAGGAGAUUAGGUGGAGAUUUAACAUUUUUCAGCUUUCACGUUCUAGAUAAGAAGAGAAGGGCUCACAUUUUAGAAAUUCAACUGCAUAGAGACUAUCCUAAAUCUCCACCUUCCGUUUCCGCGGAUGUGCCCUAUAUGUUUACUUUGGAAUGGUCAACAAGCUCAAGAUUGAAAGAUGUGAUGCACCAAUUCCAAAAGCAUUUGGACGAUCUUCAAGACUUCUGGUCUGUCUUGGACGAUAUCGACAAGUCUCUCUCUGUUGUUGAUGCUAAGCAACCAUCUCGUGCUUCUCCUGUCCGUCGGAUUCAUGCUGGGAACGAUUGCAUCCUCGUUAUCCAUAUCAACUUCGACGACCCUAAGUCCUUACCAGAGUGCCGGUUUAUUGGUCCUGUGCCUCCAGCUACGCAUAUGAACAACUUACAUAACUUAUGGAGAAGAAAUAGCAAAAAGUGGUCAAAGGAAGUCUCAUUUCCUGAGAACCUCGAAUGUAUUCUAGGUACUGAGCUUCCAAAGCCUCCAGGUCUCCAAGAGGAAGAUGAUCAUCAGCAGAUUGAAUGCGGAAUCUGCUAUGCGCAGUUUCUACCCACAGAUGCGGAGCUCGGAGCUAGAAGUGGGACGCGAACAGAUUACACAUGCGAAAGCAUUAGUUGCAAUAAGUCUUUUCAUAGCCUUUGUCUCACAGACUGGUUAAGAUCUAUCACAACAACUAGACAGUCUUCUGAUGUUCUGUUUGGUAACUGCCCUUACUGUUCAGACCCAGUCGCGGUGAAGAUCAACAACAAAUAGAGUAGGAAAACCAUCAAAAUUAGCUGAUUCUGGAUGUUCUAAUGAAACGUGAUACAAAGAGAAGGGUUAGUACAGUGAUGAGUAGUAGUGACUAGUGAGGACAAAACUCCCUUUUUUACUAUUUUUCCUCUGUACGUUUAAGAUAGAACUCAUGUAGCUUUCAAAGAAGAAAUGUGAAUGUACCUUCCUUUUUUUCCU